AAACAUCUCUUUUUCAUUUUCUUUUUCUAGAUCUCUUCUAUUAUAAUAAACAAAAAGGUGUAAUAAUGAUUCAUCAAUCAUCAGAAUAAUACAAAAAUAAGGGAGAGCUCUCUCUCUCUCUCUUGUUACCAAAGAUGAGCUUCUACCAAAGAAGCUUUCACUCUUGCCUUGACAAGACCAACAACACCAAAAAGAUGUUGUUUGAGUACUCCGGUCUUGGACAUGAUGAGGUGAAUCGUUUGAUGUUGUGUACGGAGUAUCUAGGGUUUGAGAGUUAUGACAUGAGGAUGUCUGAGAAUGAGGUGGAGGACAAGAUGAAGUGUUGUCCGGAGGUGGAGAAUGAAAGGGUCGAGACCAAGAGGAGGAAGAUGGAGGAGAAUGUGGUGGCCCGAGAGGGGAAGAGAGAGUUUCCUCCUCCUCUAUCGACGUUGAACGGCUUAGGGCAACGGUCUUUUUAUCUCCGGCCGGUGAGGAAAGACGGUAGAUUGGAACUUACGCAAGUUAUGAUCGAUCGACCAGAGAUUUUUCAUGCUUCACGAGAAAAUGGACGGUUGAGAUUACAUCUUGUCGAUAGUGCUUAUUGUGAUCCUGAAGAAACUGUGGAGUUAGAAGAUGAACCUAAGGGUCUAGAUAAUGAGCACGAGGUCGGCGAGAUUAAUGAAGAAGACAAUGAUGCUACAAGUGAUGAUGAUCAAGUGGUGGAUUUAUCUAUGAUCAAUGAUGACAAUGGUACAAGAAGUUGGAUAUCUAGAAGUAGUCAUGAGGUUUCGGUGAAUAGUAAUGAUGUUGCACAUAUCCAUGAUGACCAUGUCCAUGACACAAGAGAAUGGUGUUACAAGAGUUGUUAUAAGAUUAUGGCAAGUAUGAGCCAUGAUGAGACCAAUCAUCAUCAUCAUCAUAUUCAUCCAUACCAUCAUCAUAAUAGUAACAAUAACAUGCAUGUAUGGACCGGGGCGUACGUGAAGACCAGGUGAAGUUAUCAAUGUUUUACGUGGCGGCUUGACAGCUAUUUUUGUUCUGGAAGCUUUGUAUGUUUAAAAAAUUAUUCGAAAAGUCAAAGUUGAGUCACAUAUGAUAACGUGUGAGUGUAUAUGUCGAGUAUUAUUCGUUUAAGAUGCUUAUGUAUAUGACUUCUACAAUUGAAACAGACAUCUUGUUACAGUUACGCUUCAGUA